CGCGCAAGUACCCCCUAUCCAUAGGCAGUCCUUCAGCGAUCUCGAAGCGAGUCCAGGCCAUCAGCUCUCCAAGCAUACUGGAGACAGGGUUGCUGCACUCCACUCCCCCCGGUAUUCCUUGGCUGACCAUCACCUCAUCCAGCAGCACUUGAUCGACAGCACAGAUGGGUCGGCAGGGUGUCCUCCUCGGUGCGGACACACAGCGGCUGCCGGUCCAGCCCAUUCUCGAAAUCAUCCCUCGUCCUCCGACUGCACCCAAGCCAUCGACCGCCCCGCAUUCGCACACCUUCCCCGUCUAUACCGGGAUCCUCCCGGCCUCGGCUGUUCCUCCCCGGAUCUCGGGACAGGCGCGACAGGGCUCAUGGGCCCUGGUCUCGAGUGCGGUUCUUGCCCGCGACCCAAACGCACUCAAGGAGAUCCGGCCGAAUCUCGAAAGCGCCUUGGCUCGGUCCGGCACCAUCUAUGAGUCGGCCUUCUCGAGCGAGUCCGUCAACCAGAUCGCGGACAACCGGGCCUCCCAGGCCGAAAAGGGCCGCUCGAUGUCGACCAUGCAAGAUCCCGGUGCCGGGAGCUCUGAGGCCCGGUACUCGGCUGUCAAGAGCUUGCUCUCACAAGAGUCGGCACCGCUCCUGACCUCGGAUGAUGACACCAGCAGCGACCUGCCUCCCGACCCGGCGCUGGCCGAGAAGGAAAACAUCCGGCGGCUCUGUGAGUCGCGAUACAUCAUGCCCAACCUCCUCGAGAGCAAGCUGCGACGAGAGGCGCUCCUGGAGCGUGAGAAGCGACAUCCCGAUGGACUGCACACCCGCAUCCUCUAUGCCAACUAUAUCAACACACCGAUCCGGCGGCCCAAGCGCGGGUCCGUUCCCACUCUCGCCCUCGAGGACAAGAACAGCAAGGAAGAGUCGGUCAAGAAGAACGACGGCAAGAAGCGGCGCCAGUACAAGAAGCUGCAGCUCGGGCCGAUGCGGUUUGCCAAUAAGCCUAAGGAGAGCGGGCCGGUGCAUGAUCCGUCUCCGUCCAUCUCGGAUCGCAGCUUCGACAGCACUGGCGAUGUCAGCGGUGCCGUGCCCGGAUCCAAGGCAAGCCAUGCCGGUAUCGGGCGACGCAGCAACGCUCCAAAGUCCCUCAAGUCCAACGUCAACCUGAUCCGCCUCAGUCUCAAGAUGCGGCGUGCGCCAGGAAGCACCCUCCAAGAGUCGACCUCGACCCAGGAGCCGAUUGCCGAGGAAAGACAGCGGCGAACCGGCUCGCGGCCUGUGUCUAGCAAAAUCAUGCGGCCGCCGUUCGUCGCAGCUGCAACCGAGGAGGCAGGGCGGUCGAGCCGGUCUGGAUCGGCCCGAACCAGCAUCCUCGCGCACGAUAUCCGCCAGCGGAUCCGCAAUUCGUCCUUCAAGAGCAGCAUGUCGGCCUCGAGCAGCUACAACGGCGCCAACGGCGCAGCGGUUGCUCCUCGACACCGGGCUGGUUCCAGCAUGGCCGAUACGAUCACGCUGGCGAUGCUGACCAAACGAGUCAGCUCGGCCGAAGGCACCCGCAAGCGCCGACGCAACGCCGUGAAGGGCCAUGCGGCAGACACCGAGAUGCGCAAGUACCAGCUCGAGGAGGUUGACCGCAUCGUCGAGGCCUUCCACCGACAGGGCAUGUCGAUCAGCCGGCGGGUGGUCGAGCGAGCCAUCCUCGUGCCCGAGGAGAUCCUGCAUGCGGCGCCCAAGGCCGUCAAGGUCGUCAAGGCCAAGCCCAAGCGCAUCCCAAUGCAUCUGCGGCAGCGGGUGAUGGAGAGCAGCGACAGCGACAGCGACGAGGCCGACCGCUACCCGACCAAGGUGCACGAGCCCUUGAGCCUCAAUUCGAUUGUGGUGAGGCCGCGGCUGCGGAAGGUCGACUCGGAGUCGCGGCUGGUGACGAACCGGGGACGCACCAACAACUGGUGGACGGUCGACGAAUACAAGGUGCUGAAGAAGGGCUGGGAGAAGCUCACCGAGGAACACCGGCGCGAGCGGGUCAACCGGGCCUUCCGCCGCAAGUACAUGAUCAUGCCCUUCAACUCGUACAUCCGCAGCCGGCCCUCGACCGCCGAUGCAGCCGUGCGUGGCUCCAAGUACAAGCGGCCGGCUGCAGACAGCCUCGACUCGCUGGCACACAAGCCGCAGGACCGCAAGGACUAUGGCCGAAGCAUCCACAAGCUGAUCCACGGACGCAUGCAGGAUGGUCAGGGCAACUGGUUCCCGUCGCUGACUCGCGGCCGGCCGCUUCCACAGAUCACGACCGAGAACCGAGCAUCGAGCCCGGGAGGCGGAGGCGACGCUCGGUCAAUCUUUCGGUCGGCAUCGGCGGCGACGGCACCGCGCUCGCAAUGCUCGUCAGGCGGUGGACGAUACAGCAAGCUACCGGACGUGCAGGUGUAUGGCCAGGAUCCGGCGCUGAAUGCGGACUUGCUUGUGGGCGAACAUACCCGGCGGUCCACAUCGGCGUCGUCGAUGUAUACCCAGAGCGCAUUCUCCAAGUACCGACCCAACGUGCUCGCACCGACGCCUGUUCCGCCCGACGACUGAUGCCGAGGGUCAAAUACAGAGGUGGACUGCGUGCGUGCAAGAGACGCUGGAGCUGCGAACCGCGCGGACGAUGCCAGGGUCAUGAGUCUUGCGUCCGUGCCGGGGUCGCGAUGCUCACGGGAGAUUCGA